AUGGCGUCUCUACCACCCUCGACAGCGGCGGCAGCCUCAGCUGGCCACGGCAGCGUUCACAUCCAGAUUGUCCAUACACCGGGUAUCACACGCGUCCUAUAUGCUCCCAAAAGCGCAGGGGUGGAUCGCUUGUUCACAGGAGGAGAUGACUAUCUUGUCCGACUUCUUCCUACCUCUUACACCUCCGACCAAGAACCACUCCUCAUCGAAGACGCAACAGCGCCUGUCACAUGGCUUGAUGCCGGCCGCUCUCACCUCCUAGUAGCCUCCGAAGAUGGCUCUGUGCGCGUCUACAAGCACAACAAUGAUACCGACGAUGAGACUCAGCUAGGCCGAGCUGCUGUGCCGCUGUCCGGCAUCCUGACUCGGACUAGCCUACCGACGCGCUGUGUAGCCCUCGAGAAGGCAUAUCCCUCCGACAAGAGCCCCAGAGCUGCCAUCUGCAGCGAUGAGCUCAUAGUCAAGAUCGUCGAUGUAGAGGACAACAAGCGGGUCCAUCUGCUCACCGGUCAUUCCAGAGCGGUACGCGCAGCCUCUUGGUCUCCUCGUGCUCCUACCCUGGUGACCUCGUCCUGCGAUGGUACAGCAAGGGUCUGGGACUGCAGUACGACUGAGCCGGGCUGCACAAAGGUGCUCGAGCAUCUGCCAGUGAGCAGACCCGAGGAUGAGACAGACAUUCACGCAGAGUGGCACCCUUCGGGCGAUUUCUUUGUCCUGCCCUCCAGGAGCAACGAACUUGUCACCUACUCUUCUUCCGGUGGCCAAGGCUGGGCAAGAUCGGGUACCUUUGCAGCCCCAGCUCGUGGGACUUCGGCCAUCAACGCACCCACUGGAUCUCUCACUGCCAUCUCCUUCUGCCCUAAUGGUCGCUACCUCGCCGCUGCUACCACUGAUGGACAAGUAACAAUCUGGGAGACGGCCUCGCGCGCUCCAAUCCGUGCUCGCAAAGCUGAGUCGAACGUCACUGGUCUAAGCUGGAAGCCCGACGAGGAUGCAUUGGCCUGGGUCGAUACCGAUGGUCAGCUGAAUCGAUGGCAGGACGUAGUCGGAAGCAGCUACCAAUCUCCUAGCGAGGCAGUCUCUUUUGGCACAACCACAAACGUCAGUCGCAGCGCUGCCGCUGUACGAUCCAGGUCCCACGUCGAUGAUCUGUUUGCUGGUACUGGUCUCGAUGAUGAUGACGAUGAUGACCAAGGCGCCGGUGCAUCCCGAUUCAUGGACGAUGAGGCAGGCGAUGGAAGAAAUCGCAGGGAUCGAUCCGCAGACAACGAAGGCGAGGACGACGAGGAGGACGGGCUGGAAGAUUUCGUCGUAGACGACGAAGCAGGCGACUACACUUCUGCAAGGGCGUCUGAGCACCGUAGGCGGCAAGGUGGCAGGAAGCUGAUCCCCAGACCUUCUGGAGCGGCCUCUAUUGCUAGUCUCACGGCUCAUACUCAAGCACCCUUUCAGCCGAACUCUACCCCUUCACGCAACUCAAGACGCUAUCUUUCUCUUUCGCUCUUCGGAUCUCUGGUCUCAAUCGACCAAGAGACUCAUCAUGUGGUGUCAUUCGAAUCCUUCGACAGCGCUGCUCGGCGUAAUUGGAAGAUGGUCGAUCACUUCGGCUACUCAUUCGCAAGCGUGGCAGCUUCGGGUGCUCUACUUGCUUGUCCAGAAAAGGGCGAUAAUGCCAGCUCCGUCCAUUUCAAGCCGUUCGAAGCAGCUGGAGCUUGGAGUACACCAGGGGCGGAAUGGUCAAUGGAGAUGCCAAGAGGCGAGGACGUAGUAGCUAUCGCUAUGGGCGGAACUCCACCUGCACGGAGACAAGACGACGAAUACGCAGAGGACGAGGUAGCGAAGGCAGCUGCUGCUCUCACCUCGACGGCAAUCGUUGCUACCUCUGCAGGCUAUCUGCGGUUCUUUUCCUCUUCUGGCCUUCAACGCUACGUCUGGGCAUUCGGAUCUCAAGUAGUAGCAAUGGCUGCAGGGAAACAGCACGCGGUCAUCGUUCACCGCCCUUCGACUGCUUUGGAUGGGUCGCAAAACCUCUCGUACACUCUGAUCGAUAUGAUCUCAUUCGAGGUCAAGCAGACUGGCCUUCUACCUCUUGGCAAAUGCGUCGAGUUGCGAUGGGUCGGCUUCAACGAGCUCGACGUCGCCUGCUUCUACGAUAGUCGCGGUGUCAUGCACCUGUUAGACCGAGCCUUUGCUGCUCCUGGUCAGGCACGCUGGACACCUGUGCUUGACACCGCCUCUCUCGCAGCCGCACGCAAGGAUUCUGAAGACGACUCUUCGACCUCACGCACCCAAUUCUGGCCUCUGUCGAUGAGCUCGACGCAGAUGUUCUGCAUCUUUGUCAGAGGCCAAGGAGGUCAAGCCUUCCCUGAUCCAUCGGCGAGCGGACAUCCUCUCAUUCAAGAAGUGGACUUGAAGCUGCCUCUGCUCAAUCUCGAGCAGCCCUCUGGUGAGCUCGAGGAGAAGUACUUGCGCAACACGCUUCUCGCAUCCUCGAUCCGCUCUGCAACGGCCUCUCUCGUGGUCCGACCGACCGAGGAGGCUUCUGAUUUGGCUAAUCCUGCUCAGCUCAUCCACGAGGCAGACAAGGACCUACUACAGCUGAUCCAGCUAGCCUGCAAAGCUGACAAGCACGCUCGAGCCUUGGACGCCACACGAGAGCUGCACGGCUCUCAAAUGCUGGAUGCGGCUCUACAGAUCGCAGCAUUCUUCCACCUACCAUCUUUGGCCGAUAGAAUGAGCAGCUUGAGGGAGUGGAUUGAGACGAGAGAUGAGAGAGACGAGAGGCUGGAGAGAGAUGGCCCAGCCGGUGUAGCCAUCGAGGACUUCUCAGAGGCUGCUGAAAGGAGUCACAGGAGCAGAGACAGGGUCUUCGCUCCAUCUAGCCAGAGCCCCAUGCCAGGCGGAGGGUCGACCACGGCUCAAGCUCGACGUGCUCUGAUGCAAGACUUUGGCGCUCAGAAGGGCUCGACUCCACGAAGAUCUCAGGGUGGACGAGGUAGUGGGUUUGGCAACAGCAUCAUGGAUGCUUCUCCAGCUCCAUCCUCGGUCGCUAUGCCGCCACCUCCUGCCGUCAGCUCAACCCGCAAUAUGAGCUCUUCGCUUCUGUCAGACUCCAGCAAUCUCAUGCACCGAGACGAGGACGAGUACCGAUCAGUGUCUCCGCCUGCAGCAGGAGUCAAGAGGAAGACUUCAGACUACACUCAUGAAGACGCAGCGCAAGGGCUGCAGAAGCAGCGUUCCACUUCAAACCCCUUUAACAAGACAUCCCUCUCCACGCCCGGUGGAGCCGGAGCUGCUCGCAAUCCCUUUGCUCGACAGCCCGGCAGCAUGGUCCGUGAUCGCUCGAUGCACAAGUCCAACUCCUUCUUUGAUCGCGCCGAGGCCGACUUGACGGAGGGCAGCGUGGCUAGUGCAGGUGGCCGAGGCAGCGCAGCGGCGAAGAAGACGAAGCAGACUACCCUGUUUGGCUCCGCACCGCCUUCGGGCGACAGCGCAUCCGCUACCAAUGGCAGGAGGAAGGAGUCAGCAUCGAAGGGGGCCGCCACGCCUGCAUUUGGGGAGACGCAGAGCGAGGAAGACUCGCAGAUGACCGAGGGCGGGCAGGAGGAGAGUCUGAGGCUCACGCUAGACUCUGCUGUCGACAGGGAGGAGCGUAGGGAGCGCAGGGGUGGGCUGGAGGAGACCCAGGCGAUGUCCAUGGAGGAUGAGGAUGAGGAGACGCAGCCUGUUGAUGCUGAGGAGGAGGAGGAGGAUCAGCCCGAGGAGAAAGAGGCGGUGAGCGGCAGGAGCAAACUCGAAGCAUUCAGGCGUCGGCCUAUGGCAGAAGUCGCCUGA